CCCCCUCUCUACGGGUUCCGUUUAUCUUCGACCCACUCGGCUCAGUCAUGGUGAUGUUCAAGAAGAUCAAGUCUUUUGAGGUGGUCUUCAACGACCCGGAGAAGGUGUACGGGAGCGGGGAGAAGGUGGCCGGCCGGGUGAUAGUGGAAGUGUGUGAGGUGACUCGAGUCAAAGCCGUCAGGGUCCUGGCUUGCGGCGUGGCCAAGGUCCUGUGGAUGCAGGGGUCCCAGCAGUGCAAGCAGACCUUGGACUACCUGCGCUAUGAAGACACGCUUCUCCUUGAAGACCAGCCCACAGGUGAGAACGAGAUGGUGAUUCUGAGACCUGGAAACAAAUACGAGUACAAAUUCGGCUUUGAGCUUCCUCAGGGGCCCCUGGGAACAUCCUUCAAAGGAAAAUAUGGCUGUGUAGACUACUGGGUAAAGGCUUUUCUUGACCGACCCAGCCAGCCGACUCAAGAGGCAAAGAAGAACUUCGAAGUGAUGGAUCUAGUGGACGUCAAUACGCCUGACUUAAUGGCGCCAGUAUCGGCCAAAAAGGAGAAGAAAGUUUCCUGCAUGUUCAUUCCGGACGGUCGCGUGUCCGUCUCCGCCCGAAUUGACAGGAAAGGAUUUUGUGAAGGUGACGACAUCUCCAUCCAUGCGGACUUUGAGAACACGUGUUCCCGAAUCGUGGUCCCCAAGGCAGCAAUUGUGGCCCGACACACUUACCUUGCCAACGGCCAGACCAAAGUGCUAACUCAGAAGCUGUCCUCCGUCAGAGGCAACCACAUCAUCUCCGGGACUUGUGCAUCGUGGCGUGGCAAGAGCCUACGUGUGCAGAAGAUCAGACCGUCGAUCCUGGGCUGCAACAUCCUUCGAGUUGAAUAUUCCUUGCUGAUCUACGUCAGUGUCCCCGGCUCCAAGAAAGUCAUCCUUGACCUGCCCCUAGUGAUUGGCAGCAGGUCAGGUCUGAGCAGCCGGACAUCCAGCAUGGCCAGCCGGACGAGCUCCGAGAUGAGCUGGAUAGAUCUAAACAUCCCAGACACCCCAGAAGCUCCUCCUUGCUACAUGGACAUCAUCCCUGAAGAUCAUCGGCUGGAGAGUCCCACCACCCCGCUGCUGGAUGACGUGGACGGUUCUCAAGACAGCCCUAUCUUCAUGUACGCCCCUGAGUUCCAGUUCAUGCCUCCACCCACAUACACUGAGGUGGAUCCCUGCGUCCUUAACAACAACAACGUGCAGUGAGCCUGUGGGAGAAAAGACGCAUCUGUACUGUCAUUUCUUUCUGCCUCUCUGCUUGGACGCCACUUGGUCUCUACAGUGGGGGAUGGGUCCACCCCAGCCUCUGACUCCACAACAGGGGUGUGGUAAUCAGCAGGCACGUCCCUGACUUCAAGUGGUACAGACUCAGCCAGUGCCCGCA